AUGGAUGUUAAACUUCAUCCUGCUUCUACCGUUACAAACAUCAAAAGCCUCAUUUCUGUAACCCUAGAGAUGGACAGCGGUUUGUACGCCUCAUGGAGCGAACUUUUUCGCCUCCACUGUCGUGUGUUCCAGGUUAUACAACACCUUUCACCCAAGCCCGUUGCUGAAUCCUAUUCGUCCAAAGAAACCGAAAAAGACAAAGACAAGUCCGCUAAACCUGUCGAUGACUCGUGGGAUCGACUGGAUGCUAUCGUUUUGCAAUGGAUUUAUGCAACCAUAUCUAGCGAUCUCUUACACACCAUUCUGAAACCCAAUGCUACGGCUCAUGAAGCAUGGGUGGCGCUCGAAAAUAUCUUUCAGGAUAAUAAAAGUUCACGAGCUAUUCAUCUUCUUCACAAGUUCUCUAACACGCGUCUUAGCGGUUUUCCAAACGUCUCGGCUUACUGUCAGCAACUGAAGGUUCUCUCCGAUCAACUUGCCAGUGUUGGUUCACCAGUCGAUAACCAGAGCCUCGUGUUACAACUAAUCAGCGGAUUGAAUGAGCAAUAUGAGGGGAUCGCCACUAUUCUUCAAAAUCAGGAUCGCCUCCCCAGUUUCUAUGAUGCACGUUCCAAGCUCAUUAUGGUUGAAACCCGCAAAGCCGAACAAGCACUUCAGGCUUCUCAGACUGCCGGCACCGCUCUCAACACGCACGCAUCUCGGUCGACUGGCAAUAACACCGCACCGGCUGACUACCGGUCAGACGGUCAAUACGGCGGACGCGGGCGUGGCCGUGGGUCUCGUGGCAGAGGCCGUGGCCGGAACUCUUGGGGUCGUGGUUGGAGCAACCAUUCUUCCACUCAUUGGCAGCAACAGUGGGCGGUGACUCCCCCUUGGGCCGCACAACAGUGGGCUCCUCCCUUUCCUUGGGCCUCGCAACAAUGGGCUGCCCCAACUCAGCCAUCAUGGGCCGCUAACCAACAACAGCAGUGCCCCCUGCCCAUACCCGACCAUGAACCCCACUGCCGGCAACUCGGGUUCUGCUCCUGGCAUCCUCGGUCCGUGGCCCAAUCAAGCUAA